AGAUAAUCCAAAGGUGAAGAACAUUUUACGAAUACCACGAGUUUCGAGAAUGUAAUAAUCAGUCCAUAUGAAACACCAGAAACAGAUAAAUCAUUUUCCGAUAACACGACAAUAAUGGGUAUUAUGUAUAUUAUGCAAAUUCUCACCAAAAUAAUCUCUGUGCAAACUGUGUCAACUGACUGGCAGGCUGAAUCUGAACAGUGAAAUGAAAUUGCUGAAUCGCAUCACCAGUGAAGAAAGUACCGAGUGCCGUUAAUUACAUUUCGGGGAAUCCCAAAAUAAGUUUAGAAAAUGAAGCGAGUGGUGGCCUUCGGGAACCCAUUAUUGGACACUACAGUAUUUAUUAAUGAUAGCUAUUUGUUGAAUAAAUAUAAUCUUCAAGAUGAUGGUCAAAAAGAAAUCGGCUUAGAAGAAAUGGAAAGACUUUCCUCAGAUAUAAAAAGUUACAAGGAGUACUAUACAGCAGGCGGUUGUUCUCAGAAUGCCUUGAGAGUAUUGCAAUGGUUAUUGCAAAAACAAUGUGAAGCUACUAUUUUUGGAUCAGUUGGCCAUGACCAGGAAGCAAAUAUUUUGAAAAAAUUGAUAGAAGAUGAUGGAGUGACAACCCGAUACAUUCUACAAGAAAACUUGCCAACGGGAAAAACAAUAGCUUUAGUUAAAGAGUUAAAUAGAUCCCUUGUAGCCUAUCUGGGUGCUGCAGAAAAUCUUCCACUUGAGAGUCUUCUAGCAGAAACAGAGUUUCAUGAUUAUUUAAAAAAUGCAGAUUUUAUAUACAUGGAAGGCUUUUUUCUAACAAAUCGAGUAAAUGCCGCCCAGUAUAUUCUCAAUCUCUGCAACCAAAUCAACAAAAUAUUUAUAUUCAACAUUUCUGGUGAAUAUUUGUUGAACAUCUUACCAGAUACAGUGAAAUAUUUUGUUGAAAAUUCAGAUGUUGUCUUUGGUAAUAAAAGGGAGUAUGAGGCUUUGAGAAAUCAAAUGGGCAUGAGAAGUUUAGAGGAACUAGCUGAUUAUAUCAUCAAGAAUGGGAAAAACAGAAUGAAGGAAUAUGGCAAAAUUGUAAUCAUUACUGAUGGGGCUAAUAUGGGAAAAUGUUUUUAUGGUGGAGACAGAAUUCACAAUUUUGUUGUACCUUUACUGAAUACAGAAGAUAUCAAGGAUACAACUGGUGCAGGAGAUGCAUUCACAGGAGGUUUCAUUGCCGGACUGUGUAGUGAAAAGAGUAUAGAAGAAUGUGCUAAAAUUGGGUGUUAUGCAGCUCAUGAAAUAAUUAAACAGACAGGAUGUUCAAUACCAAGAUUUAUCCCAAAUAUUCUUGAAUGAAAUUUCAUUAGGAAUAUCCAUUACUCCACAUAAGAAUAAAGGAUUUUAUAUUGUUUUUUCUGUA